GCGCGCACUAGCCAACUAGCGAUCGAGUUUACGACCUCUGGAUCGAUCGUGCUCCCCACGUCCCCGGGCCAUGCCGCUUGAUUUAAACCACCACGCAGGCACCGCAUCCCCCGGCCUCUCCAACGAGUCUCAACUUCCUUAUCCAACGAUCCGCUGGACGGGACUAACUAGGCUGUCACAUCCCUUCCAUCUACCACAACCAACGGCGUCGGCGAUAAUGGCCGCCUUGCCGCAGCUGCUUCUGAUCCUCUUCCCCGCGGAGGUUGCCGUCCUGACCCUGCUGCUGGCCUCGGCGCCGGGAGCGCGGGCUCACGCCUCCUCGUCCUCGUCAUCGGCGACGUACCGCUGCGGCUGGUGCCCGCGCAGGUCCACCGCGUCCAUCCUCCCUCCCGGCGCCGGCGCACUGACCGGUGCCGCCUGCGGGUAUGGUGGCCAGGCGGCGGAGAUGGCCGUCGACGGGGGGUUCCACAUUGCGGCCGUCAGCGCCAGUUUCUUCCGCGGUGGCCGGGCCUGCGGCGCCUGCUACCAGCUGAUGUGCAGGGGACGGAGCGCGUGCGCGGCGGGCGGCGUCAAGGUCGUCGUCGUCGCCGACGUGGCAGAGACGAACAUGACCGGUGGUGGUGCCGGUGGGCGGUUUCUGCUCACCAAGGACGCCUUCGCCGCCUUGGCGACGCCAGACCGUAACGCCGAGCUCGCGGACGCAGACGUCGACGUGGACUUCAGGAGGAUUCCCUGCGUGUACAAGAGCAAGAACUUGGCGGUUAAAGUGGAGGAGACGAGCAGCAGGGACCGGGGUUACCUCGCCCUCCGCUUCCUCUACCAGGGCGGCCAGACCGACAUCGCCGCCGUCGAGGUCGCGCAGGCGGUCACCGGUUCCAGCGGCACCAACAACGACGCAGCACCGUUGCAGACAUCCUGGCAGUACAUGACCCGGCGCGAGGCGUCCCCGUCGAUGUGGCGCACGUCGCGCGUGCCGGCCGGUCUGCUGCAGCUCCGGCUUGUGGUCACCGCGGGCUCCGGCGGCAAGUGGCUGCGCGCCGACGGGGCGGUGCUCCCCGCGAAUUGGCAGCCCGGCGCGGUCUACGACACCGGCCUGCGCGUCACCGACGUCGCCGCAAGCACCUGCGGCGGCGCCUCCUGUUCCUCCACGGACGAGGGCGACGACGCCGAGCAGCUCCGAUGACACGCUUCCCGGCAUGCAUGAUGCAUCCACCACGGACCGAUCGAUGGUCCAUUGGAGCCGGCCCGCACGUCAACGGCGACGCCGCGCAUGCAGAUCUGCACCGGCCAGCCGCCGGAAUAUCGGUCGAUGCUGCAUGUACACUGUACAGAGACGUGUACAUCGCAACGUACGACAUGCAUGCAUGUGUGCACGGCCGACGACGAGUUCCGGUUAGGACAAAACCUCCAUGGUCCCGCUCUAAACAGAGGAUGUUGGCGCGUAGCUUCACGUGUGGAGGGAAGGGACUAAUGCAGAGAAGAACAUGUAGAUGGCUCUGUUCAGGUCUUGGAAUCACAUGACAGCACUACUGUUUUGGCUGCUCGUCCUCUUCCUCUUUGGAAUAGUAGGAGAGUAUUAUUGUAGGUUGAUUGCAUGGGCUGAUUAAGAUUGAUCAGUUGCCGACUAAGACUAAGUUAACUGUAUUGCAUUA